GCCCGGUCCUCCGAGACCCGGAAGUGGAGGAUGGCUGAGGCGUCGCUAUGCGCCCGGCGCCCGGCGAGCGGCCCGGAGAAACCGGAGAGGAGGCGGCUGAGGUGAAUUUUGGCGGGGAGGGGAGGGCAGCGCGCGCGCGUAUGUUGCGCGGCCAGCUCGGACUCCUGGGUUCUUCUUUCGCGCCCAGUGGCGCCGCCGCCGGCUUCCCUUCCGCCGGGUCUGAAAAGGCGAGGGAGGAAGGGCAGGUUCCCGGCGGCGGCGGCGGGGGAGGAGCCUCUCCGAGCCAUUUUUGAGGAGAACGAGGGUUUGGUGUGGGGUCCACGGCGGAGCCCCGAUGCGCCGGUAACUGGGCCUCGGCGGCGGAGCUGCGGGAAAGCCGUGCGGGAAGCUGGGUGGGUGCCCCCCCCCCGUUGUGGCGGACGGCGCCCCUCGUUCCAGCGGCGGCGGAGGAGGAAAGUCCUCUGUUUGAAUGGCUGUCCCGGGCCAGGCUGGUCUAAGACUGCGGUGAAACAUGAAGUGUGUGUAGCAGCUUCCCACAGCUGGCUGGCUAUUGGAAACUGUGUCCUGGGCUGGAUCCUGUCACCCUCCAGAUGUUGUUGGGCUGUUAUCAGCCCCAUAGCCAGUACUGAGGGAUUAUGGGAAUUGUGGUUCAGCAGCACCUUGAGGGCUAUAGGCCCCCUGUCCCUGUGCUAUAGCCGUCAGCUUCCUAAAAAUCUCAUGCUUGUUAUGUGGAAAGAACCAAGUGCAGAAAAGGGCAUAUUAUCCAGCUGCUGCAUCAGCUCCCCUAGUUCGAAAAGUUGCAACAUUGGGAGCUUUUUAGCUUAGCAAAAAAAGAGGCUAGCAAGGGACUUUAGUUAGAUGCAGCCAAGGUAAUUCUUAAUGUCUUAAAGCGUAGGAGCCCAUGUAUUACAUAACAUGCAGACAUGUAAUAAAAACUAAGUAUUCUUUAAUCCUGAGAUGAAAGAUGAACCUUUUUGCAUAUUUUCUUCCUCAUAGGCCCCCAUCCUUUCAAGUCUGGGAUCUACUUGCUUCAUUGUGCUGUUAAAUGUAACCUAGCAACAGGGUAUUAUACUGACAGUGUAACUUGGUUUUUAAGUUCAGCAGAUCUGCUGAUUUUAAUGAAAAUCCCAUUUUAAUAUCUUGUUUUUUCUUCUAUUCUCCGUUUAGUUUCUGCAUGAUAUGGCUUCUUCCAGCAUUCUUUGCAUGGAACUAUUAAGAUAUGUAAUUUGUAUUAAAUAGCUGGUAUAGUUUGCGGAAGGUCACAAUGUUUCAGAGGUAAGUACCGUAUUUUUCGCUCUAUAAGACGCAUCAGACCACAAGACGCACCUAAUUUUUGGAGAAGGAAAACAAGAAAAAAAAAAUCUGAAUCUCAGAAGCCAGAACAGCAAGAGGGAUCGCUGCGCAGUGAAAGCAGCAAUCCCUCUUGCUGUUCUGGCUUCUGUGAUAGCUGCGCAGCCUGCAUUCGCUCCAUAAGACGCACACACAUUUCCCCUUACUUUUUAGGAGGGAAAAAGUGAGUCUUAUGGAGCAAAAAAUACGGUAAUUAUAAGUACUUCAUGUUGCGGUAUCAUAAUUUGGAACACGCACACUUGGAGUUCCAUUUCAAACCAUAAAUUGUUAAGUGGAAAUUACUCAUAAUAAGACUGCAGAGUCUGCAUUAAUGCCUUCAGCAAUGGGAAACCUCUGGCCCAUGAGACCAUUUCCCCACCUGCCCCGUACCUGAUGCCGCAUAUGACAUCAGGUGUGGAACAGGUAAAACACAGUUGCAGAGAAAUAGUUGGAAGCCUUAAAAUUCUCCUCUAAAUGUUCUUUGGCAGGCAAAUUUUGUAUGUGGUACCUUUUAAAUGUUGCCCCAAAGGCAAGCCUGCUGGGAUUUGUUCCACAUGGCAGCUCCCAAACAGAGCUUCUGAGUGCAAUUGAUCUACGCUGAAAGCAAGGUUUGCAGGUGCUGCCAAUCAGUGUGUUGAGUGACACCAUCAAAAUCUGUGCCUUUGUCCAUGCAAUUUGAAAUCAAACAAUGUGGGCAAAAGAAAAUGUUUCAACUGAUGUCAUAGUGAUGUCAGGCAAUUCUCAUACAUGCAUGAAAUGGAUUUUUUGAACAUAUUGUGAUAGUGUUGCAUCUGCUAGCAGCCAAUUUGUUUCUGAUUCAAGGUUCUAGUUUGUAAAGUUGUAAUCAUUAUAUAUAUUCUUUACACACACACACACCCUGCCGAUUACUUCAAAUUCUGUUUAGAAAGUAGGGAUUAACUUGGUAAUAAGACUUGAAAUCUUAUUGCAGUUAAAGCCUUGAUUGUACAAUGUGGGUUUUUGUGUUUUAAAAUGUUAUUUAAAAUACAGUGUGUUCUGUUGGUUAUUUAUAGCUGGAAGCUAGCAGUUUUGUUGCUUGCUUCAGCAUGAAAUUGCACUGAUACAGAAGAUGAAUUUCAGCAAAUGUAUGCUGGAAGGUCAUCAAGCAUCAGACUGCAUUCAGUUAAGUGGGAAGUUUACAUAACCUCACAUUGCUCUGCUAGCUUCAGUGGAAGUCGUGUAAGCUAGCCCUGGGCCUCUUCGGAAGGAAGAGUGAGAUAUAAAUUUAAUAAUAAUAAAAUUGCCUGUAUCUCCAAUUUGUGAGUAACUGUGUUAGUGCACUUGCUUCAGAUAUGAGAGAUGAAUUGACCACCUCAGAACAUGUAUUUCAUAUUGCCAUGCCCUCACACAGUAUGGUUUGGUGAAUGGAGUUGCUGGAGAUGUAUCUGAGAGGCCUUCACUAUCCUUAGCCUAGCAACAUUGUUGUGUGGUUAAAAUAGGACAGUCCCAUGCACACCAUCCUGUACUUUUUGAAAGAAGGGUAGGAUAUAGAUCAGGGAUCAUUGCUAAUAAUUUGUUACAUUGGUUUAGUUUUUGUGCUCAUCAGAUGUUGGAUCUGAAUAAAAGUACCAUCUUUUUAAUAUCACUGCAAUCUUUUCUUUUCAGUUCCUAUUUGUACCAUUGGUCCUGGGGAUUAUGUUUGUGUCUUAUGAAUCUGUAACAUUUGGCUGACAAUAGAAGUCUCUCUUACUGUACCUUGCCUGAUCAAACUGUUCUGAAAUGGGUAGGUAAGUAUCUGAAUACUGUCGGGGUGAAAGGAAUAUGCUGUGUGCUUGAUGGGGAUGAAACAGACUUAAAAGUCUAUUUGACUUUGGGCUCCCUUAAUUUUGACACUUCCUGUACUAUUUUUAUUGAUGAAGGUACAGUUGGAGACAAAACACCUCACAUUGUUAACAAGUACAGUGCUACCUCGGGUUAAGAACUUAAUUCAUUCUGGAGGUCUGUUCUUAACCUGAAACUGUUCUUAACCUGAAGCACCACUUUAGCUAAUGGGGCCUCCUGCUGCCACUGCACCGCUGCUGUGCGAUUUCUGUUCUCAUCCUGAAGCAAAGUUCUUAACCUGAGGUGCUAUUUCUGAGUUAGCGGAGUCUGUAACCUGAAGCGUCUGUAACCCGAGGUACCACUGUAAACUGUUACAGCUGAAUACUGAACUAUACAAGAUACAAAUAGGUACAAAUAAUGAAUAGAUAACAAAAGGUGCUGAAUUUCCGUUGCUUGUUUUCAGCACUUGUGUCAUGAAAAAAUAUAAAACACAAAAGGAGCUCUGCUGAAUGAGACUAAAGGCCAUUCUAUUCUAGCACUCUGUUCUCACACUGGCCAACUAGAUGCCAAUGGGAAUUCUGCAGUGAGAACGUGAAAUUGACUUAAAUGGAAAGGACUCACAGUGGCAUUGCAUGUAAAUUGGAAAAGUGGGUAAAUGGUGUUUGGAAAUAACAGCACAUAUAUAAAUUAUUUUUAAAAUAUUUUACCAGGUUUGUCAUCUACUUAACGCUUUAAAAAUGAAUUGAUAAGAUAUGCAUUUGAGAGAUUGUGAUAAAGGAAAAGUGUUCUUUGAAAAAAUGUUGCACACCUGUAGCAGGCAGCAUCAUAAAGGAAGCAUUGCCCUUUCUCACACAAGAAGAAUGGUGGUACUUGCUUCCACAAUUUAAAAAGUAAUUUUAAUCAAACUGAAAUGAAAAGCUGCUACUUGAUUAAAUUGGGGCAUCUUUUAGUAAAUCAAAAUGCAUUUAAUUGCUUAAGUUAAUCUAACUGAUGAAUGAAUUGAAGAUUCCAUCUCUAAUUACUGCAACUCUAUACCAUAAAUGUAGUACCCCUCAUGUUGUAGUCCUGGAGUCUGAGAUAUGAGGAUUUUGGCUUGCCCUAGGGUCAUCAUGCUCUGGUCCAUGGGGUCACGAAGAGUCGGACACAACUAAAUGACUAAACAACAACAAGAAGGGUCAUCUAAUAAGCUCUGCUUGACUUACAGCAGAAACUACGGUACACAAACUCUUGAAUAUAGCAGUGUCUUAGAAGGCUACACUGUGGGAGCUGAAAUUUCUGACCACAUAUACAAUGUGGUCUGACUAAGUCAUAUCCCCUGAUCAUCUCUUCUUCCUCUCAGCAGUCGCCACCCUUGUGGCUUCACUCCUCUGUCGCCAGGCAGCUACUUGUGUUCAUAGCAGUAUUGGGGGCUAUGCAAACUUAGCUUGCAUUCACUCAUCUACUUAAGCAUAUCUAUGUUCUUAAUAUUGGAUUGUUGCUUCAGUGUCAAUAGUGAUGAUAUUGAUGUUUUAGAAUUACUGUAUUUGAGCAUCAUGACUGCAAUAGGAGGACAAGGUAUACAUCUUCUAAAUACAUACAAAGUGUAGGGAAGCAUUUUAAAUCUAGGAAUCAAGAGUUAGUAAUGUAACUUUUGGAGUCUUCCUUCAGUUCUUGAAACUGCAGAAUCAUCUAUUUGAAGAGUUUACAAUCUACUUAAAUUCACUAUAAAAUAUUUUCUGGCUUAGAACAUUUGGGAUCCAGUGAUUGGAUCCUUUGUGUGUCAGUGAUUAUACUGUAGUAAGGUACCUUUUCAGACAGGCUAUCUUUUUGUUUUCUAAAUUUCAGGAUCAGUGUUUCUUGUCUGUUUCCUGCUUCUUGGCACUUCAGCAUUUCCCCAGUAGGGUGUCCACGAAUAUUGAACACCACAUUACGGCAGAUUAUUGUCAUUGGGUUGCUCGCUGCUGCCUUUUUCUUGCUGUACUAUUCUGUUGUAAAAUAUGGCUACAGGGACAAAAAACUGCACAGGUAAGAACAUCCUGUAAGACAAAUAUAUAUAUUCCAAAAGUGUUUGUUCACAUCUGAGAACAACACAAGUAACGGAUAGUUGUUUUUGCUUUUAAAUGUGCUUCUAAGUCCAUAUAAAUUGAAUGCAAUUUGCAGUGAGAUCUUAUGCUUGUUGACUCUUUAAGCUCAGUCCCACUUUGCUGCUAAACAACACUUUGAUGCUCUCUUCCAGGUAUCUUGCUCGAGUAACCGACACAGAAGCUACAGAUACCAACAAUCCCAAGUUGAACUAUGGUAUUAUGGUGGACUGUGGUAGCAGUGGAUCUAGGAUCUUUGUGUAUUGGUGGCCGAGGCACAAUGGCAAUCCACAUGAUUUGCUGGACAUCAAACAAAUGAGGGACAAAAACAGCAAACCAGUGGUUAUGAAAAUUAAACCAGGUAUUGGAGAAAAGGCCAUAACUUUUUUCCCCCUGCCAUAGCUUAGCAGCAUGUCUUAAAAGGAAUGGUAAUUUAUAAAAAUGUAGCAGUUUCGUUUUAUUAAAUGUUUCAUUGUGUUUUAUCCCUGUUUUACUUGGGAUGAUACAUGCAGGCCAAUUCCGUCCAUGUUUACUUGGAAGUCAGUCCAUAUAGCCAAGGGUUUUGAUUUCAUUCUAACCUCCUUCACCUCAUUCUUGCAGACAGCUCUGCUUGCUAUUGUAACAUAAAAACAAAGAGUUGUUUCCCUGUGGUUUGAAAUUCAGCACUGGUUGGCCUGUGCAGUAAACUGGAAGGUUAUAACUUUAGAAAAACUCAUUGAGGAAGGACCUAUUGGUAGUUAACUAACAGUGACUGUUUCAUGGAAGCUAGCUUGUGUAGAUAUAUAAAAAGGUGGUAUAUAAAUAGAAGUUGACAUGUUAUGUUUAGAUUUUAUUUGUUGUCAGACUCAAUCUGUGGUAUCUGUUCAGUGUCCUUAUUUUUUAUGUGAAUAAAUAUGAUCAAGUCAUACUUUUCUUUUCAUCAGUGAACUGUGUUUAUAUGCAAUAUUUACUAAAAAAAAUUACUGCUGUAGCCUAAAAUGCCAAUAUAGCAUGUGAAAUUAUGCUAUUUGGCAUAUUUAUGAAAUUUACAGGGAAUACCUUUAGGCAUUUUUACUCAGGCACAAGACUCUGUUUAGUGAAACUUACUUCCAAUUUGGAAAAAAAUAAAAUAGAAAAAAUUGGAGAACACUAAAAAAAACCCACCUACGAAUUGUCCUGUUUUCCAGAAUGAGUGAAAUGCUUUUAAGGAUCUGGAAUCCGUGGACCAGUUCUAUUCAAAGUGCAAACUUCAGGAUGCUAUAUGCUUUUCCUGACACAUAAAUUUAAAGAUGCAUCAUUCAAGUACCUGUAAUAUGGCCUUUUCCCUGGCAUUCAAACAUACUGUGUAUGCCUCCCUUCAAUUAUUUGACAUCUUGGGGCCUUUCUGCUCCAUUUGGUUGCAGGGCCGUUAUAUGGGCUCCAGUUAUAUAUGCCUUUUAUGCUCUAAUAAAACAUAUUCCAAAGUCCAUUCUAAUACAGCCUUUGUAGCAUGGGAGCCAAGGUGUUUUACCUUUUGCCUAGAUAAUGUUACUAUUCUCGGCUCACAUAUCAUGGUUUUUUUCAACAACAGUCUUGACCUUUCCGGAAACAGGCUUUUUUAAAACCAAGAAAUCACUUUUGUAGUAAAGUUAUGGCCACAUGAAUUAUACAGGCUAGUAGAUCCUUUUGCUCAGGCAGUAUUUUGUCUUUAAUUUGAUUGGCAUACUGAAUGCUACCCAGAAAAUUCACCAAAAAAGCAAACAGGUUAUUCAGCUUCCAACUCUUACAAUCAGAAACUCUUUGAAAUAAUAAGGGUUUUUUUGUAUGUUGGACUCUCCCACUUUCUGCUGUAUGCAUAUAUACUCAUAUGUAUCUCCACUGCUUUUUUUAGGCAUUUCAGAAUUUGCUACCUCUCCUGAAAAAGUCAGUGACUAUAUUUUCCCACUUCUGAGCUUUGCUGCUGCACAUGUACCCCGUGCAAAACAUAAAGAAACACCUCUGUAUAUCCUUUGUACAGCAGGGAUGAGAAUCUUACCAGAGAGGUGACUGAAUAUCUUUUUUCUAUUACAGUUUAAUACAGAGAAUUGAGUAUGUUAGGGGUCUAUUUGUAUUUUAAACAUAUUUGGAAUCUUGCAGCCAGCAAAAGGCAAUACUAGAAGACCUGCUAACUGAUAUCCCAGUGCAUUUUGAUUUUCUGUUUUCGGACUCGCAUGCUGAGGUUAUUUCAGGAAAGCAAGAAGGUAAGGAACUGCUUUUGAAAAAGACAAGUUUGAAACCACAUUCACUAGACUGAUGGAAUGUCUGUCCAGGGAGCAGGUCCCCUUCAGUGGGUGACAGAGAACUGCUGCAAGAAACACAAUUGUAAGAGAUGCUGUGGAUCACAACACAGAAUGAGGAGAGCAGAGAUAUGUCCCUUUCCAGUAUGUCUAUAUACCUAGUUAGCCUACAACCAGAUUGUGUCGAUACCAGGUCACUCCAAUUUUAAGAAGCAAAAAACACAGGCAAAUUGGAAGUUAAUUUUGAAGGGGCAGGGGCUCCUUAGAUUGCUACAUUUCCUCUCUACUAUAAAUUUUAAAAAAUAUCCAGGGAUAUAGCAGGGUUAGGGAGUUUGAGGGUGUUAGCUUGGUGGUUGGUUUUUUAGGUAGAAUAUAUUUGGUGGGAAGGAGAAUGAAUGGAUGAGAAGUCUUCCCUGCAUGAUAUAAGAGUAAAAUCAGCUGGAUUUGUGCAGUAUCGAGAGAGGCUGAGAAAGGGCUUUAUUGGAGAUUCAUCAGUGGAAUGUCAACAGUUGAUCUGAAUAAAGCAGAUUCUAAAUGUGAUGUGGGUGGCCUAGGGCUUGCCAAUGAGAAGGUCGGCUGUUCGAAUCCCCACGAUGGGGUGAGCUCCCGUUGCUCGGUCCCUGCUCCUGUCCACCUAGCAGUUUGAAAGCACGUCAAGUGCAAGUAGAUAAAUAGGUACCGCUCCGGCGGGAGGGUAAAUAGCGUUUCUGUGUGCUGCUCUGGUUCACCAGAAGCGGCUUAGUCAUGCUGGCCACAUGACCCAGAAGCUGUCUGUGGUCUGCAGACAAACGUCAGCUCCCUCAGCCAGUAAAGCGAGAUGAGCACCACAACCCCAGAGUUGUCUGCAACUGGACUUAACAGUCAGGGGUCCUUUUACCUUUAAAUGUCUUUGAAUAACCAUACACUGUUUACCCCCACACCCCUCCAUUAUUUUCAAAUGCAAUUACAUUGUGUGAAAUGCUGUUUUUGCAACUCACCUGUAUUUCUUGUAGCAUCCUUAGUUUGAUUUCUCUUAUUUUUUAAAUUUAUAUAUUUAUAGUCUAUAUUUUGAUUUUUAAAAAAAAAUCAAGGCAGAGUACAAGAUGCAAGAAGAAAAUUGGCAUAAAAACGUGAUGAAAAACAUAAAUAAGUCAUCGGGUGUUUCUUUGUCUGCUUAGCUGACUGCUUAAUUCACUGCACACAUCACAGAUACUGGAAUCUUUAUUUUUUUGUAAGCCUUUCUUUAUCCCUUGUUUGUUUUUUCCAGCAAUACACCUCUUUCCCCUCAUCAUAGUUCCUGUGCCUUGUGGCCCUCGAGAAGUGUUGCCCUGCAACUCCUAUCAUCCUUCUGGGGAUGAUGGAAAUUGGAGUCCCAACAACAGCUAGAUGGCCACAGAGUCCCCACGCCCGUUUUAGCUAAGCCAUCGUGUUCUGUUAUUUAUAGUUGUUCAUUGGCAGGCUUGUACUAUAAAGCUGGAGGGACGCAGGUGGCACUGUGGGUUAGACCACAGAGCCUAGGGCUUGCCGAUCAGAAGGUCGGCGGUUCGAAUCCCCGCGACGGGGUGAGCUCCUGUCGCUCGGUCCCUGUUCCUGCCAACCUAGCAGUUUGAAAGCACGUCAGAGUGCAAGUAGAUAAAUAGGUACCGCUCCGGCGGGAAGGUAAACGGCGUUUCCGUGCGCUGCUCUGGUUCGCCAGAAGCGGCUUAGUCAUGCUGGCCACAUGACCCGGAAGCUGUACGCUGGCUCCCUCGGCCAAUAAAGCGAGAUGAGCGCCGCAACCCCAGAGUUGGUCACGACUGGACCUAAUGGUCAGGGGUCCCUUUACCUUUACCUUUACUAUAAAGCUGCAAGAGCACACUCUGGUGGCAACAUUUGGAAUCGCUGGGCAGAGCACUUUCAUACUACAGUACAGUCAUACCUCUCAAACGCAUUGGCUCCUGAACAAAUCAGCUCCCAAAUGAUCGAAACCUGAAAGUGAGUGUUCCCAUUUUCGAAUGAUUUUCAGAAGCUGAAUGUCCGGCGUGUCUUCCGCUCCUGCAGCCAAUCGGAAGCCUUGCCUUGAUUUUUUAACUGUUCCGGGAGUCGAAUGGACUCCUGGAACGCAUUCUGUUCGAGAGCCAAGGUAUGACUGUACAUAGAUUUUUAGAAGGUCUUGGAGAGGCUGGAAUUUUCUGUUUUUUUUCACACAUCGUUGUGGCCAGUGAGGAAUUGUUGUUUUUCUUUUUUUUAACCAUGUACCUGAGAAGUAGCAUGUCUGGAUUAAUUUUUUUAAAAGGAAAGUAGUUUUCCAUACAACUCAAGUUUAUUGGGGCUCAUCCAGACUUGUAGUUGUCCAGUGCCUAGAAUGCAGUUUUACCCUUGCCCUGCCAUUUUCCUCCAGAAAACCCGCUGUUUAGCAAUAAAUUGCAGCAAACAUCAAUCCAGAGUAAAUCUGAUUGGCAUUUGCACAAUUCAGUGGUAAAGAUCUGGUUUCCCGGGGUGAAAGCGACUGGGCAAGGGCAAGUCUCGUUGGGCCCUUGUUAUAAUACUGUUUUAAUUAAGUUUACUAUGUUUAAAGGCACAGCUCAAUAACUUUUAAUACUUAAAAUUGUUCUCUUAAAUUUUCUAGGAGUAUAUGCAUGGAUUGGAAUCAACUUUGUCCUUGGAAGAUUUGAGCAUACCGAUGAUGGCAAGUGUCUUAAUAGCACUCUAUGUAGCCUACCAAAGGGAGAAAUGGUGUUGAUGGUCCGAUGGCUGUUGCUAGUGGACAAUAUCCUGCAGCAGCUGUGAAUGAAAGUUGAUCAGCAGCUGUGCUUGGUGGAUUCUAAUCCAUAAUAAAGAUAUAGAGUCUAAAAAUAUGUGUGUCUAUUAGAGAACAGAAGGCAUAAAACAAUACCCUAAAUAUUUUCAGCUACAGAAAUUUUAACAAGGCAUUGUGUGUGUGUGUGUGUGUGUGUGUGUGUGUGUGUACACACACACACACACACACACACACGCACCAGGAAGUCCCAAAAACAUUAGCUUUUGAGAGGUAUGGAGGAGACUUUGAAUAAGUGCUUCAACCCCAUACUGUAUUAUUUCCAUUGCUAUUUUCUGUAUCUUUCCCUGCUCUGUGUUACGAUUUUUGAAAACAAUAUACAAGGCAUUCUAAAUAUGCCUACUUUAGAAUGUCAUUGCAACAUUUCCUGUUUUACUCCAAGCUUCUUUCCUAAUAUUGUUAAAACAUAUAGCACAUAUUUUCUCCCACAACAAGCUAACUUUCCUAUUACCUUCCAGGACUCUUGUCAUUAUGGCUGUGAUGUGGGAUCAUUGGGGCACUAUGCUCAGAGAGCUUACCGAGAGUCCUCCUCAAGAGUGUUAUACCAAGAAUUGCAUGUUUUUGUCAACUCUGCAGCCUAGCAAACUCUUGGCAUUAGGCUGCCAUUGCAGGGUUGCCAUUGCUACUUUGUACCAAGCUAUGGCAGUGCAAAUGUUUGAAAUUCAGAUCCUCAGAAGGGUUUGUCCCCACAUCUCAACAUCCUUCACGUCUUGUCUUUCAGAGGAUGAUGCUGUAGUGGAGGUGCAUAUUCCUGGCAGUGAAAACAAGGAAGCCAUUCUUCGAAAGAGGACUGUGGGUAUACUUGACAUGGGUGGUGUGUCAACUCAAAUAGCAUACGAAGUCCCUAAAACUGUAAGCUUUGCCUCUUCACAGCAGGUUAUUAUCUGUACAACUUUUCCUUCUUUUCCUUUUGUUUUUUUCCUGUGUUUUAAUCCAUAUACCAUUGAUUCUUUUUCUUUUGCGUGUUAUGAGUUCUGUGCUUCACUACGUGACAUCUUCACCCCAAGACGAGAGGAGGUUGCAUCUUGAUGUCCCAUCAGCUAAGCAGUCUGCCUGUACAUGAUUCAUUUCAUCUGUCAGUUUAAUACAAAUGUCCUUGAAUUAUGCUACACAACCGUUAACUUUUCCUGGUGUUUAACCCCCAUUUUGAAUUGUGCCAUUUAAAUUGUGACACUUCUGGUGGGAAUAUGCGGUGGUGUAUGGAUUGUGGGUGCUAUUUAUUUUGGUUUGUUGGUUUGUUUUUAUAAAGUUUUAUUCAGACCUUUCCUAAUACAUUGCAAUAAAAACCAACUAAUCUAAACAAAAACAAAAACAUAAAAAGAAAGAAAAAAGAAUACAAAGUCCUCUUUCACAGAUAAAUCUUAACUUGUCACACACAGAGACAGGUGAACCAUCCCAGCUCUCACCUAGGAGAUUCUCUUCCCUACCUCAUGCCGGUUCUUUUGUCAAUUAUCAAUAACCUUCAUCAGCAUGUUAGCCCCUCUUUAACCCUGAAUAGAGAGCCACAAAUAAUACAAAAGACCAAAGCAAAGCAGAAAGAAAAAGGAAAGAAAACAAAUAAGAAUAUUAAAGAAAAGAAUAAAGUGGAAAUGAAAAAUAAAAAGUAGAUAAAAAGGACUUCCAACUAUCUAUCUGUCAGUUAUACUGUAUAUACUAUAGUUCUUCAAAACAGUCAAAUGUUCAAUCUAGAGUAGUAUCCAGCUGUUCCUUCCUCUGCUAGGUGCUUUUUUCUAGUUUUCCAUCUGGGACUCUCCUGUUCAUUUCUUUCACUGCAAGAAGUCCAAAGGAGGUUCUUCAAUUAUUAUUAUCUGUAAGAGUCAACAAUAGUCCCCCUCCAGUCCAACAUCACAACGUUCCCUCCAAUUUUAAGAAACAUUCAGUCCUUAUUCCUUCCAGAAUUUCUUCACUAUGGUUAUGUAUUAACACAACAGUCCAUAAUUAUUUAGUUCUUAUAUAGUCAUUAAUCCACUCCCAAAUUAAUAUCUUCCAAUCCCAUUUCCUUGUAGCUAUUGGUUGUCAAUCCUUUUUUUUUUAAUAGAAUUUUUCUCCUCUUCCAUUCUUUUUCCAAAAAUGUUUCAGGAGACGUAGUACCUUUUCCUUCCAGUUUCAAUCAAAAUUAUACACACAGUCCUUUCUUUCUCAACUCUAUCUCUUUCAGUUCAGGAUAUUUCUUAGUCUCUCCAUCUAUGCACGCCACCACCUCCUCCAACAUCAUAACUCCAGCAUUUGGCUAUUUCACUCCUUCAGGCAUCUGUGUGGAUGUUCUCUGGAUUUCAUCCUCUAUUGUCUCCAAUUUUACCAUUCCGUUCUCCUUUUCUGGCAGUUCUCCACCAGCAUUUUCUCCAAAUAUUCUGUAACUUCUCCAGCCUCAGCUUUACACAGUACAAUUUUUAAAACCAUUUUGUUCAUCUCCACUUUAAUUUCUAACAGUUGCUUAUGGAAUAAUUGCUGCAUGACAUUGACAGUUAAUGGUUUAAAAUAAAAAUUUUAAAAAAUUCCUUCCAGUAGCAGCUUAGAGACCAACUAAGUUUUUUAUUGGUAUGUGCUUUAAAAUAGUUUAAAAUUCAGCAUCCACGGUGCACUCUCAGAAAUCCACACGGUUCUUGGUUAUCUUAAGAGUCAAGCAGUGCAUUCCUAACAUUUCAGUCCCAUAGGCAGCCAUGUAGCUCCGCUUUUCAAGCAACACAUUAAUCAGUGAGAUGGAGGGUUGAAAAUAGAUCACAAUAAAAUGAAAACCUCUCAGAAAUGGAAAACCUCCCAGCCGUAGAUAACUUUAUUUGAUAAAUUACUUAAACACGCUUCAUCCUUUAUUUGUUUUCAGCCUCUUAAUGAUGUGUCCUCUUAAGCCAACUGGCAGGUCAUAUUUCACAUGAACAUUUUAACCAACAGACAGAGAACGCCUCUGUAGAAAUUUCAAAAGUAAUUCAGGAAAGGAGGUUUUGCUGGACUUUGCUCUAGAGACUAACCUCUAGGGCUAUUAAGUGGUGUUUGCACCAGGUUACGUGUCUUCUGCCCCCAAUGCAUGUUCCUCAAAGAUUUCUCUGUCCCAUGGAGGGAGUAGUAAUUCCAGGGCAUUCAGAAGUUAAUAUAUCUGUCCCUUGCCUUCAGUAAUUUAUACUUUAUAUGUGGUAAAGAUGUCAAAGGGAGGGAAGGAAAAGAAGAGGCAAGAGUUAACGGGUGAAUAUAAGAACAUGUACAGUUCCCCCAUGGGUGGGCUGCAACCAGGAUCAUAAAUUGCGCAGAUUUGGUCAACUAGCAGAGUUUUGGGUUUUGGUGCUGCUUUCUUUAGCAAGGGCUACCCAAUGUGGUGCUCUCCAAAUGUUAAUCAACUGCAACUCCUAUCAGCCCCAACCAGCAUGUCUGAUUGCCAGACAUGAUGGGAGUUGUAGUCCAACUGCAUUUGGAGGUCCCCCGCUUUGACACUUGGGUAUUGAGUACAAAGAGUUCCUCUAGAGAAAGUUCUUGUGAAAAUGUUUAGAGAGCUGCAGAUUUGAAAUAACUUCCCUAUAUUCAGAGUUAAGCGUUACACAACACAAAGCAGAGCUGUUCAUGCCUCUUUAAUCUCGUGUUUUGGGAUCUGCAGGAGGAGGUGGCCAAGAACCUACUUGCAGAGUUUAAUCUAGGGUGCGAUGCUCACCAAACAGAACAUGUGUACCGAGUUUAUGUGGCAACUUUCCUCGGCUUUGGUGGAAAUGCUGCCCGGCAGAGAUAUGCAGACAGCAUAUUUACCACCACAGUAUUUAGAAACAGGUAAUAUUCUAUAAUUAACUUGAUUUCCAGAUUCAGUUGAUUUCCCUCCUAUACAUGUCAACAUUUAAAUCUUCCCCAGUGAGAUGGGCACAUCUUCAGAUGGUUGCAGUAAUCAUGUAGGUAAGAGCUAUUUGACAGUGGGACAGACGCCCUCAGAAGGUGGUGGACUCUUCUUCAUUAGAGAUUGUUAAGCAGAAGGUGGAUGCUUUAGUUGAGAUUCCUGCAUUGCAGGGGGUUGGACUAGAUGACCAUGAAGGGCCCUUCCAGUUCUACAAUACUAUGAUUCUAUAAGCUCCUUCCCAGCACCCUCUCCUUGUAGGGCUUUGGCUCAACUGGAAUUCCAGUCAGGCUGGCUCUGCCCCCACCCCUUUCCUCACACCUCAGUUCCAAGGAACUUGGAAGCCUCACUCUUAACUGCUACGUGUCUCCCCAGCCCUUCCUUAUCUGACUUAUCUCCCAGCCAUCAUUAUGAUUAAUAUUGCCAUUUACCCAGUUUGUAUAUACUGCCCUUCACAGGGCAGUUCACAAAAUGAGAACACAAAAUACAUAACAAACAAAAACAAACCAAUAACCCCUCUCCCACAAACAGAUUUAAAAGGCUGUAUAAUGUUUACUCAGCCAAAGGCCUGGUUAUAGAGAAAUGCUUUUGCUAGUGCUUAAAUAUGCCAUGAAGGUACCAGGUGAGUCUCCCUGGAGAGAGCAGUCCAGAAGCGGGGAGCCACCACAGAAAAGACCCUGUUCUCAUGUUACCACCUCUGGACUGCCAGCAAGCCCUGCUGACCAGCGUCCCGAUCGUGUAUCCAUGCAAGAGGAACAUUAGAAAAAGCUUUCUCAUGGGAGGAGCUGUGUGGCACUGGAACAGCCUGCCUCAGGGAGUGGUGGGCCCUCCUUCACGGGUGGGAUGGUUGUCUGUCAGGGAUGUUAAGCACAGGUGGAAUGGUCCUCUGUUAAGGAUGUUGUAGUUGCAUCCUGCAUUGACCACCACAGGCCUACUAGAAGUCACAGAUUUUGCCAUUGUGUUGCUUUCCCCAAUUUGUGCCUGCCCACCUGACACAGCGCUAAGUGGGACCACUCUCCAAGGCAGAGCGAUCUGGUAUCCUGUAAACGGUUUUUGCACAUGUAACUUUGCUCAAUCUUUGUUGCAGGCUUCUAGGCAAACAGAUUGGUAUGACUUCUGAUACCCCCUAUUUAGACCCUUGCCUGCCUUUGGAUGCUGAGGAUGAAAUCCAGCAGAAUGGGCAGAAGAUGCAUCUUCGAGGGACAGGAGAUUUUCACUUGUGCCGUGAUGUUAUUCAGCCUUUCAUGAAUAAGACAAAUGAGACGCAGACUUCUUUGAAUGGCAUUUAUCAGCCUCCUGUGCACUUUGAGAACAGCGAGUUCUAUGGGUUCUCGGAGUUCUAUUACUGUACCGAGGAUGUAUUGCGGAUGGGAGGAGAGUACAUCGCUGCUAAGUUUAUUAAAGCUGCAAAGGUAAAAGGUCCCUCUGCUUUUGGGUGGUGAAGGGGCAGCUAGAUUGUCAGACCAAGGGCCUGGGAGGCUAGGGAUCAUCUUCUCAGUGAACCCACAAAGCUAAUUUGGUGAUCUUGGGCCAAUCACGUUUCUCUCAGCCUAACCAGCCUCAGAUGGUUGUUGUGAAAGUGAAAUUGGCAGAGGUGGGGGUGGGGUGUGUGUGUGUAAGAGAGAGAGUGUGCUUUUUAUAUGACCCUGAGUUCCUUGGAAGGAGGGCAGGGCAAAAUAUAAUAAAAUUAAUGCUACUCUUUAUGACACAUGUACAUGAGUUGUGAUUGAUGUUGAAGAGUUUUGGUUCUGAGAGUCCUAAGUUUCUGUCAUUAAGGUAACAUUCUGCUAUAUAGGUAUAUUUAUUUCAUUUACGAAUUGCUUUCCAUGAAACAUCCCAAAGCGAUUAACAAUAAACCCAUCAGUAAGAAAGAUUUCCUAACCAAUACAGAUACAAACUGAGAUGGGAAUAUUCACUUAAAAGGAUUUUUGAAAAAGGAAGGUCUUCAGUUGGUACCAAAAAGGACAAUAGAGACAGCGCUUGUGUGAUAUGUAACGGGGUGGGUUCCAGAGGUAUAGACAUAUACAUAGAUUUCCUGCAUAUGUUCAAUAAAAUCCUCACCAGCCAACUCCUUAAUUUUCGGUUUGAUGGAGAGGGAACAGCAGGGGGUGGUAGUUACUGUGAUGAAACUGGGGAAGAGGUUUGGGCAAGAAGAGUGGCUGGAGGGAGCCUGGGUGAGGGAUAGUGCAGUUGCUCAUAGUGGUGGAGCAGAGAUGGGGGGUGGAGAUGGAAAGAGAUGUAAUUUUGAGCUAGUAGGCUCUGAAAGCUCAUACUGACAAGGGAGAAGCAAGUUCUUUAAAAAGGUGCUCAAUUUUUAUUUGAGCCCAACUGACACUUUUCUUUUUAUUUAGAGAACCUGUUUCUCCCUUGUGUGUGUUCCUGUUAUAACCCCCACCCUGUUUCAUUCCUGGAAGCUCUUCAUACAUAUUUAAGUCUCAUUGUAAGUGGAUGGAGGUGCAUUACUUUUUGUUGGGUUUUGCCCUAAGCAGGGAGGGGCAUUCGUGUUUGACUCCUCUUUAUUGCAGGCUGCUUUUUUAAAGAGUUUUGAAAAGGAUUAUCUUUAAUUUUAUCCUCUGAACACAGUGAGCGCUAUACUGUAUAACAACCCUUCCCUGCUGGCUGGCAGAAGGGAGAAAGGGCUGCCUAAAAUCUACCUUUGCCCCCACAAAUUCUGAAUGCCCCACCCCCAAGAUUUGUAGAUCAUGCCCCCCCCCUUUGGGCACCAGUUAAGAAUUGCUGACCUAGGGCAAGAUACUGUCUCCCAGCCUUAAGUUUUCUUGUCUGUAAAAUAGGAAAGUAAAAACAAAUGAAGGUUGGAUGCCUUACGAAAAAAACCUUUUUCCUACUCUUUCCUUCCUGUAUACUCAUUCUCUCCAGCCUUGCAUAUCCAUUUGCUGUGUCACUAACUUUGCUCCCAUAUGCUUUAGUGUAUUAAAAAAAAAGAUAACAACAUUGUAGAGUGGCUGCAAGAACCACUGAUUGUGAAGCAAUUUGCAUGUAAAAUUGCUGUAUAAAAUGUUGUUAAUAUUUAGGUCCAUCUUCUGGUGAGCUCAGAUAUCUGAAAUAAUGCAUCUCCCUUAAUUAGCCACCCCAGUUCCUUAGACCAAGGCAGAGAGGCCCUUUUUGUUGUCCCACCACCACGGGCAAUAGCUUUGGUAGUGACAUGGGAUAGGGCCUUCUCUGUGGUAGUGGCCCAGUUGUGGAUGAAGUAUGCCAGACACAUUUGGCAUUUUGGUGCCUGGCAAAUACCUGUUUGAUUGCACAGGCAUUUGGGGGAUUAUUAGUCCGCUCCUAGUUAGUUUUAAGUACUUAGGCAGUUUGGGGCAUAUGUUAAUAGUUUUAAUCAUAUUUUUACCAGCUCUUGUUUAUUAAAUAUGGAUAUAUUGCUGUUUUUUAAUUUUUGUAACCCUGAGAUUUGUAGAUGAUUGGGAUAAAAAUUCUGUGAGAUAAAGGAUAGAUAAAUACAGAAAUAUCUCCCUACCAUUCUAUUUUAUCCUUGCAAUGAUGUUGGGGUUGGUCAGGAUGAGAGACGGUGACUGCAUUUUCCCACGGUGAGGGGAUUUGAACGUGCUCUUCCUAAUUGAGGUGGGACACUCUGUCCAAAAUGCUGCGCUGCUUCUCUGGUUAAUGCAAUAGCCCUCAAUUUUCUUAGCCCCCAAUAUUUCAUUACAUUCCUUGCCUCCAAAAAUGUAUAAUAUUUUCUAUAUAAUAUUUUCACAUUGCCUUCAAAAUGUAUAUUUACAUUCUUUGUGUUUCUUUUUCAGGAUUACUGUGCAACAAAGUGGUCAGUCCUAAGGGAACGUUUGGACCGUGGUCUUUAUGCCUCGCAUGCAGACCUUCAUCGAUUGAAGUGAGUGUUCGUAUUCCCCCAUGGCUGGAUCUGCUUGAGCAUCCUUCCUGGGGAGAGAAGAGCCGAGAACAAACUGUACCAGUAGUUCCUAGAAGGAAACACUUCAAGGAGGCCCAGAAGCAUACAUUCUUGCCAUCUGAACUACUAGUCAUAAACUGCAGAGCUUUUUGGAACUGUGGUUGAGUACCGAGUACAGUUUCAUAAGCCCCACAAUGGGGCUGACCACCUACACGAGCUGGUUAGUACAGUGAUACCUCUAGUUAAGGACUUAAUCCGUUUCAGGGUGUUGUUCGCACCCCGAAAAGUCCACAACUAGAGCGCCUCUUCUGCGCAUGUGCACAGCGCAGUCAAAUGCUUCUGUGCAUGCGCGAAGAUCGCUUCUGCACAUGCACGGGCGGCAAACCCGGAAGUAUACACUUACGGGUUUGCCGCAUUCAUAAGAUGAAAGUCGGUAACAAGUGGAACAUAACAUGAGUUAUGACUGUAAUGCAAAUGCCUGAUCCGUGAACUUCUGUCUUCCCCCACAUAAGCUGGGCUUCCAUAAAAUCACAUUGCGCAUCUGGUGGUUCACACAAGCUCUUACCUCCAUGUUGGAGGAGUAGUGAGGGGACGUCCUCCAUCUCGGGAGGAGAGUAAUGAUCCAGUGAGUUUAUGGAUCAUAUCUUAGUGUUCCCGAAGGUGACUGAUUAGUGAAAAAGGCUUAUACUUUUCGGAUCCGCAGUGCCGGAUCUGUUAAAUGCUGCUGUUCCUGGAAAAAUGGAGUGGGUAGCACUGUGGUAUAAACCACUGGGCCUCUUGGGCUUGCUGAUCGGAAGGUUUGAAUCCACGGGACCAGGUGAGCUCCCGUGGCUCUGCCCCAGCUUCUCCCAACCUAGCAGUUCGAAAGCACGCCAGUGCAAGUAGAUAAAUAGGUAGCACUGUGGCAGGAAGGUAGACGGCGUUUCCGUGCACUCUGGCUUCCGAUACACCGUUGCGCCAGAAGCGGUUUAGUCAUUCUGGCCACAUGACCCGGAAAGCUCUCUGUGGGCAAUGCCGACUCCCUCGGCCUGAAGCGGGAUGAGCGCCCCACCCCACAGUUGCCUUUGACUGGGCUUAACCAUCCAGGGGUCCUUUACCUUUUACCUUAUCUAUUCCUGGAAAGUCCAAUAAUGCUGUCUAUUAAUUACAGAAAAUUAACAUGAGAAAGGCUUGUUAAAGUAGCCAAUACCUAAGCUUUCAUCCCACCUUUUUAUCUCUUGGGUUUAAUGUUCAAACCUGCUGGAGCAGAUGCACUCCCUCUGUCAUAGCAAAACUUAAUAAUCUAUUCCAUAUAAGCACCUCAUUUGUUGGGUGCAAUCUAGAGAAUGUCUGUGUAAGUUUUAAGUAGAAAGUGUGCCCUUGAAUAUGCAAUUAAAUGCACAAGACCAAGGGAAUUCAGUUAUUCUUUUUAGGCUGUGCUUUUUAUGUCUUAACGAGUUCUGCUUCUGUUUUAAAACAGCAGAAGUUGACUUCUUAAUGUUUAUUCUUUGUAGGUAUCAAUGCUUUAAGUCAGCCUGGAUGUAUGAAGUGUUUCACAACGGUUUCUCUUUUCCUGUAAACUAUGGCAACUUAAAAACUGCACUGCAGGUCUAUGACAAAGAGGUGCAAUGGACGUUGGGGGCCAUUCUCUAUCGAACACGAUUCUUGCCUUUGAGGUACGGCUUCGCUUUUCUUAAGUGUGGUGUUCAAAAAGAGCCAGUCACCAGUCACAACCCUUUCAGUGGAUAAUUUUCUCCAGAAAACUUUGCAUCUGUGACGCUUUCUGAGCAUAAUGUAGAGCUAGUGAGUUGCCCACCAGGUGGUGGGAAUAGAGGACAAAUGGAAUGGUAAACACUAGUUGUUGUUCACCUCUGUGUGCCCUGUUCCUCGAGACCAGCUCAGCAGCCUUUGCUGUUGGGUUGAUAGGCAUUCAGAUAGGUUUGAGAGGAUGAAAGGAAUUGGUCCAAGGAAGAUGACAUUAGUGUUACAGCUGCUGACAUCACAACUCCCCCCCAUAAGGUUCUAAGGGGUAGUUUAGGAGUUGGGGCUCUUCCCACUUGAAAAUCAGCAUAUUCCUCAGUUGCCCUCUCAGCUUUCUUCUGGCAUCUCUCCCACCCUUGCAGAAGCUGACUUGCUGAGGUGUGGGUUGCUGUAAGAUUUCUUUCACGCUAAUAAUUUUGUUCUGUUUUCCCAGGGACAUCCAGCAGGAGAAUUUCCGAGGCAAUCACUCCCAUUGGCGCAGCUUCUCCUUUGUUUACAACCAUUACCUAUUCUUCGCCUGCUUCUUUGUUGUGCUGCUGUCCAUCCUGCUGUACCUGUUGCGAUUGCGACGGAUUCACCGGCGAAUGCUACACAGCGGCCCGUCCCCUUCCCUCUGGAUCGAGGAAGGCCUCCCGCCACAGAAGAUCCCAGGAGCCUUAUAAGCUGCUGAACACUGGUCUUAGGACUUGCUAAAGAAAAAGCCAUCAUUUUUGCCUCAGGGUUCUUUUCUCAUCCCUAGAAACCGUUGCCCAAGUCUCUUGCUGCGGUGUUGGAAUCGAGAGGUCACCUGCACCUGGAAAACUGAGGGGGGGAAGCAGGGUCAGCUCCGCUUGGCUAGACUGAGGGAAUAUCAGCCAAAAUUAUUUUAAAAACUCAUACCUUAAAAGUAAAUGCACUUUGACAUUGAGGGGAGAUGUUGUGGAGGGAGGAACGAAAAGGGUGGGGCAGGGAAGACUUAAUGCCAGUAAAUAAAUAAAUGGGAAAGAAACAAACUAGUCUGUUCUCCACUGUUCUGUACACAACUACUGUGAUUGUUCUCUCAAUAUAUGGUAAGCCAGCUCAUAAAAAGUUCCUGUGGAUGUGAGGGAAAUCUUAUUAACCAAUAAUCCAUCCUGUAAGAUGGGUGGGGAACUGGAUGGGGCUGGCUGGCCAGACCAUUAUCUUCCCGCCCCUCUCAUGCCCACAGUGACAUUGGGUGACCCCUUUUUGCCUGCCUGGUUUGAAAUCAGACUGGGCAGAAGCACAGCCUGCAAAGCACAGACUUAUCAGUUGAAUGUCAGGGCUUGCAGAGUGCUAUGCAUAGCCCAUCCUGACAGGCAGCUGAUGGACAAUGCCCGAAACCCCCUUUUGGCUGUAACUCAUAUGAUGUUUAGUGUUGGGCAGGUAAGCCCAGCUGAAAUGGCCCGGUAGACUUAAUUGAGCCCAUGGGCUGGAGGCUCUCCAUUGGAGCCCUAAGGAUAUCUCAUUUGUCCCUAAGCUCCACACACUCCAUAUGCCCCAGAGCCACACUGACAUCAGACAAAGGGUUCUUUAAUCUAUUCGUUCCUGGUGUGAACAGCAACAUAGGCUUUAACAGAACUCUCCCUUGGUGCUCUUAAGCCGCUUGCUGUGUCUGCACAGAGGAACCAGCACCCAGGGAGAAUUGCGCAAAGUGAGAGUCAGCAGCAGGAUUCAUAAACCCUUCGCCGCUGUAAGCAAAUGCACAUUGCAGGACAAGGCCUCCACCCAGUCCUCUGCUGCUGUCCACGCUGGGAAUGAGAGUGUUAAAGAGCCUUUUGUUGGUGUCUUGGCUUGCCUGUGAGUGUGUCAGGGAACAGUGCCAAUCGGGCUGGUCUUGAAGCUCUGUUCAAAUGUCUUUAAAAAACAUUUUGUAAAAUAUGCUGACCAGGGCAAUAGAUCUUGAGGUUCUGAGCCGCCCCCUGAAAAGAGGGUUCUUCAGUUUGUUAACGUUGUGAUGUACAGUAUUCUUGCAAUAUUGUGAUGGAGCAAACCUGGCUAGCCAUUGUAAUGUACUGGUGUUGGGAAAUGCACUCAUAACGUGGCGCAGUUGGCCUUGCCUGCAGUCCCCUUGGUGUGCUUGGUAGCACUAUCUGUGCUGCGGCAGAGAGUUAAUAUAUGUGUGGCUUUCAGUCUUUGGGCCUGGCAGUAAUUAUUGAUCCUUUUGUAGCAGCAAAUAAUUGAGUGAGACUGAAACACUGCUUGGACGCGUGCUGGAAAGAUAACAUGUAUGCUGUCAUGUCCUUAUUUCUGGCUAUAGAAACUGUUUUUUACUUGAAAGAACAUGUUCAUAAUUUAAAGUGGCAUUUGUGUGAACAUCUCAUAAAAUACAAGCUUUAUCAUCUUAGAAAGCAGCAUCUGGUUUCACUCAUGCAUGAAGGGGUGUGUGGUGGGUGUGUGGGUGUGGGUGUGUGAGUGUGUGUGUGUGUGUGAGAGAGAGAGAGAGAGAGAGAGAGAGAGAGAGAGAGAUACUAGCCUAAUUGUACCUUAUUAGAAUCUCUUCCAGACUUGUGAAGUUGGAGUGGGAG